AUGAGGAGAUCAGAGGCUGGCGUUCUCAUCUUGGUGGGGAAGAACCCCGCGGUGGUGGCAACACCUGGGACGAGAUUGAAGCAUGCGAAGAAACCUUUAGACUGGAAGCCUCAAGAGGAGAAAGGAUUGGUCAUCACGGACGACUACUGGGACAUUUUUCAAUUUGGCCCAGAAGAACUACAGAAGAUGGACGAGAUGGUGGAGGAAAAAAACAAGGCUGAAAGCGUGCCGGCCUUGGUGGAACUUCAGCCAGAUGAGGAGAAUGACUACAACAACAUCAUGACGAAGAUGGUGAUCGCAUGGAUGCUGCUACAUCUAGCAGCAUGCGGUCCACAGCACUACGAGGCGCACGUGAUAGAUGUGAAGGACGCUUUCUUGAUGGUGCCACAGCCGGAGGAGGAAAGGGCGUCAGUGACACACAAAGGAAAGCUGGUCAGAUGUCUCCCGGCCAGCGAACAGCUGCAAACAGGUGGUAUGUCCAUUUUAGGGACGCAGCUCAAGAGCGAGCAUCAAUCGUGGCCGCAUUUUCAUGGUCAACAUGGUUGA